AUGUCAAUGACUCAGCGCGUUGUCCGAUUCCGACAAAACAAGAACUUACAACAGUCUAGGUUUUCUCCUUACACUAAAGAGACUACUAUUCUUACCAAGCAGAAAGAAGAAGCUGUGCGACUCGGAGUUGAGUUGUCUCUCUCUGUGGCUGAAGCAAUGUUCCUGUUAUCUGAUGUUCUAUAUGUGUUUGAGACAUACAUCAAACCUAAGAAUGGAGUUUAUAAACAUGGUGGCAAAUCAAACCAGUGGGAACUUAUCGUAAAGUCUAGAAAGAACUUUACUUUUGGAAUCAGAGAAUUGUAUCGGUUUGUUUCGAUACUCAAAAACAGAGAUAGCUCUCUUGAUGGUGACGUGGUGAUCAAGCAAUCUGAUUUUGAACAUUACAAAGAGGAGCUGAAGAAGCUGGAGGAGACGUUAAGGUCUUCCAAAGAUGUGGAGGUGAAUGGGUUUGCUAGAGAAGCCAUAAAGUCUAACAUACUUUAUUUGUGGAAGUCUCUCUUUGAGACAUCACAACCAAAGGUGAUAAACCCUUGCAGUAGGAUUCGUGAGAUGUUUAGGCCUCUCCUUAACCAAGUAAGAGAAGAGGUUUGCUCUAGUCUUAUUGCUUCUUUACACAUAUGA